AUGGACAACAUUGCCAAGGGUGAAGACAACGAAGACAACGUUCUUACAUUAUUCACGGAUAUUAUCAACUUCACGAGUAGAUACAGCGUCCAAUAUGGCGGAGACAAAAGAAUCACAACACUCGUUGGUUUAGCCAAUGAUAUCCUCGAGACCACCAACAACGAGGAAAAUGGCGUAUACAAGACCCCCACAAAGCUCAUUCAUAUGGCGAGGCAAAACCUUAAUAGCCUGACUGGUUUCGUCCAUAAAACUGGUGAGGACGAAAACCCUCCAGCUGUCCAUAUACCUCAACAACAAUCUCCCGACGAUCGAACUUCGCUACAGUAUUUUCUCAACAAACACAUGAGUGAUGUGAAGCAUCAAACUAGCGAAAACGAGAACACCACUCUAAAACGCGGCAAGCUUCGGGGGAUGGUUGAUUAUGUCAGAGAAGCAAACCAGAAGUCAUGA